AUGGAUGGCGCGGAGCAACUUCUGCUUGCCUGGUCUAUCAAUGUGGAGGACUUCCGGGUCAACUCUGCCCGGCUGAGAGAUUCGCUUCGAGACUUCAACGGCAUUGGGUACAAAGUAGUGGCCAAGGUGGGCAAUCGCCUCCUGAGCAUCUGGGCGGGAGAUCGCACAGAGUACUCGCUGGGUGCGACAAUCAGGGACGAAGCCGGGCCGAACCACUCUGGCGGCUUGUACGUCUGCCGCACCCAGGCAGCCGCACUCCGGCAUCGAGUGCCCGCGAGACGCGGGGGCUUGUUCUUUGCCCCACGACUGCUGUUGCGCUGCCGGUGCGAGGGACCGUUCGUGGAGUACCCGGGCGGCAAAAUCGCAUGCUCGGCCUUGACGCCGAUUGAUGUUCAGGCCAUUCCCCCAGGUUACCUGCACACGUCGCCGCAGCGCGCGGCAGCAGCAGCCGCAGGGGUUGGCCCCAGCGAAGGCCUGCGAGUCGAGACGACAGCGCUGGAGGCCGAGGUGGCCGAGCUCGAACGUCGCCUUGGCUAUCGCUAG